UCACGGCUGGAGAUUUUGCUUGUGUGUGAAAUGUCAAAAUGGCGUCUUCGCAGGACGCUUGGUAUCUGUCGUUAUUAGGGCUAGCAGAAAACUUUCGGACGUCAAGUCCGCCGAAUAUCAAAUCGUGUAUACAGUGUUUGCAAGCGGUUUUCAAUUUCAAGCCGCCUCCGAGGGUCGAGGCACGUACACAUCUUCAGCUGGGCAACAUCCUUCUUACGCAUACCAAAAACAUCGAUUUGGCGCGGUCUCAUUUAGAACAAGCGUGGCGUUUGAGCCAAAACAUAAACACCUUCGAUGAUGUAAAAUUUGAGGCAGCGAGUGUGGUUGCAGAAUUGUACGAGCAGCAGCAACAACCAAAUCUCAGUAAACCGAUAUUGAGGAAAGCUAUUGAACUCUCACAGCAUAAUGUAUAUUGGCACUGCAGACUUAUUUUUCAACUUGCACAAAUACACGCGUCAGAAAAAGAUUUCGUCGCAGCCAGUAGUUUACUAGCUGUAGGCGUCGAUUACUCUCAUAUCAGCAAUGCAAGUUACACACGUGUCCUGUUCUUGUUGAGCAGAUGUAUGCUUUUAUUAAUAGACAAGAAAUUUACCGAAGUUCAUCCCCUUUUAAAUUCGGCGGGGCAUCAUGUUGAAAAUUGGCAAGGUAGCCCACACCAGAAAGAAUAUUUAAAAGUAUAUUUUUUGGUACUUCAAGUUUGUCAUUACUUAAUGGCAGGUCAGGUGAAAAGUGUGAAACCCUGUUUGAAACAGUUACAACAGAGUAUACAAACUAUAAUGUCUCCUAGUUGGCCAGCUGAUGAAAUAGUUACAGGUUCGAAUAUUGGGGAUAUGUUUAUCUGGAUGCCAAAGGACCAUUUAUAUGUUUUGGUGUAUUUGGUAACAGUCAUGCAUUCGAUGCAAGCUGGUUACAUGGACAAAGCUCAAAAAUAUACAGACAAAGCAUUAACUCAAAUUGAAAAACUAAAAAUUGUUGACAACAAACCUAUACUAUCUGUUUUUCAACUGAUGUUGUUGGAACAUAUAGUGAUGUGUCGACUGGUGAUGGGAAAUAAGAGUGUGGCUCUUGCGGAAAUCUCUCAAGCAUGUCAGCUUUGUAGGAGACAGCCAAGGUUACUUCAAGGCCACAGACCACAAUUGCAUGCUUUGUUAGGAUUGUACGCGAUGUCAAUGAAUUGCAUGGAGGCUGCAGAAGCUCAGUUUACAGCUGCACUCAGAACGUCCCAAGAAAGAGAACUCUGGACCUUCGCAAAUUUAAAUCUAGCAAUAGUAUACCUUAGAACUAAGAGAGAUACGGAAUUAGGUGCUUUACUCGAACGAAUAAACCCAGAGUCAUUGCCAUCCCAUUCGCAUUCUCUGAGAGCAGCGGCGUACUAUGUUCAAGGAUUGCAGGCGUUUUUUGGAGCUAGAUACAACGAAGCAAAGAGAUAUCUUCGAGAAACGUUAAAGAUGGCCAACUCGGAAGAUUUGAACAGACUUACCUCGUGUAGCCUUGUACUUUUGGGACACAUAUUUCUUUCGUUAGGAAAUAGCAGAGAAUCCAUGAACAUGGUCACACCUGCGAUGCAGUUAGCUUCUAAAAUACCUGACGUUCACGUACAAUUAUGGGCAACUGCUAUUCUCAAAGAUCUUUACAGAAUUUGCGGCGAUCCAAUUCGCGAAAGCGAAGCGUACCAAAUGCACUGCACGUUUUCGCAAACGCUGUUGAAAGAUCAUUUUCAAAGCACACAAAUGGGUGAACAUUCUCUCAUACAGUGGACCGAUGGACCAGUUCCAGCCUUGCCGAGCAAUCCACCGCCUUCCACGUCGCAAGCUAUUCUUUAAUAUUAUUCAAAAUUCCUAUACUUAAACAAGCGUAAUUCGAAAUGUGUAAAGUAUUUUGGCGGAGCACAGAACUGUGCUGGGUUUGUACAAUUUUCUUGUCGAAUCACAGGAUGAACAAAAAGAAAAAAAUAAAACAAUAGGGG